AUGGUUUCGGGUGACGAUUUCAAUGGUGGUCGUUUAUCGCGAAAAACUACUAGGUCCCCAAACCGAAAAUCUAAGAAGACAGAUGCAGACAUAGCAAAAGGAUCAGCGUUGCGAAAUGAUUCGCAACCUUCAGUCCACAAGAGGAACCUCUAUGUAGUCUCCUUCCCAAUCAUUAUUCUCUUUAAUUUGUUGAGGUCCGUUUUGUACCAGUUAUUUAUUAUUUUCAAAUAUUUGUAUUCGGCGUCCCAUCGUUUCAUUCAUAGGCCUCGUAAGAACGGCGAGUGUAACUUAGAAGUGGUGGUUAAAGACGGUGUUGUGUCAACUGAGAUCGCGCACAGUGAGGAGAUGUCGUAUGUAAACAAUGUGGGCCCCGGGGAUCCUCUUCUUGCCAAACAAAAACAUCAUCAUCGGAAAGCUUUUGAGUACAUAUCGAAAGCGCUGAAGAUUGACGAAGAAAAUGAGGGACAAAAAGAAUUAGCAAUAGAACUGUACAAGAAGGGUAUCUAUGAAUUGGAGCGAGGGAUUGCAGUAGACUGCUGGGGGGGUCGAGGGGACGCCUGGCAGAGGGCCCAGAGGCUCCACGAUAAGAUGAAAACCAAUCUAGGCAUGGCCAAGGACCGUUUACAUUUCCUCGCCAACCUAGUCGCCCUCAGUAAGUUGGGGGUAGAGAGUGAGCCUGAGAGAAGUGAAAAAAAACCUACGGAGUCUCCUCUUAAAGUGAGAAGGCCAUUAGAGAAGUCCAAGACAACGCUACUAGCACACACAGAAAGUAACAGUGGUCAAACGAAGCCACCAAAUGAAGUCGCAGGUCGUAAGCUGACGACCGCGGGUCGGAGGGUACCCGGCGGGGGUCCUCUGAUGAAGUCUCAGACCCUGCCGCGGUCCAUGGGCAGGUCUUCAUCACAGCCGAACAGCUCCAACGGUUACAGCAGAUACCCUGUCAAACCAGCGUCAACACCGCCCGCUGUGAAACGACAGCUAUCGAGUGCAUACCAGGUGCCAGUGAACGGGUCUCCUGUUCGUCGGGCCGCUGGAGGUGGCUCCCAGCGAGGGACGCCCACCAGAAGUAGAACCCCUCAACCCACACUCGCAGUACGAGGCGUGGACCCGAAGCUGGUCCAAUUAAUAUUGGACGAGAUCGUCGAGGGUGGCCCUAAGGUUCAUUGGGAUGAUAUCGCUGGACAGGAGGCAGCCAAACAAGCGCUACAAGAAAUGGUAGUGCUGCCGUCACUUCGACCAGAACUGUUCACUGGUUUACGAUCACCAGCAAGAGGUCUGCUGUUAUUUGGUCCUCCCGGUAACGGUAAGACGUUGCUGGCUCGAUGCGUGGCGGCGGAGUGUUCCGCCACGUUUUUCUCGAUAUCGGCCGCGUCACUCACUAGCAAGUACGUGGGUGACGGGGAGAAGAUGGUGAGGGCGCUGUUCCAAGUGGCCAGGGAACUACAGCCAUCUAUAAUCUUCGUUGAUGAAGUGGACUCGUUGCUUUGCGAACGAUCGACGGGCGAGCAUGAAGCGUCCAGGAGGUUGAAGACUGAGUUCUUGGUGGAAUUCGACGGACUGCCAGCCGCCGGCGCUGACAGGGUCAUUGUGAUGGCAGCCACCAACCGACCGCAGGAGUUAGACGAAGCUGCUCUAAGACGAUUCCCCAAGCGUGUGUACGUAUCAUUACCUGAUGGUCGCACACGCGGAGCCCUACUGCGGAGGGUGCUGACGAGAGGAGCUGCGGCGGCCUCCAUCACUGACGACGAGCUGGCGCGACUCGCAGCCCUCACUGACGGGUACUCCGGCAGCGACCUCACCGCCCUCUGCCGAGACGCCGCACUAGGACCCAUACGGGAGUUAGACCCCGAGGAGGUAAAGUGCUUGGACCUGUCGCUGGUUCGUAGCAUCACGUUCCAGGACUUCAUGGACGCUCUCAAGCGGAUCAGACCUUCGGUGUCACCUCUCAGCCUCGUGGGAUACGAGAAGUGGUCCGUGCAGUACGGGGAGCUUGGAGUUUGA